GAGGGCGCGUGCACGAAGCUGGAGGAGGACAUCCUGGACAUCCCGCUGGACGACCCCGACGCCAACGCCGCCGCCGCCAAGAUCCAGGCGAGUUUCCGCGGCCACAUGACCCGCAAGAAGAUGAAAGGCGGCGAGAUGGAGCGGAAAGCCAAGGACGGCGACUGCGCCAACAGCUCCCGUGCUGCCGACCUCCGCAACGGCGACUAG